AUGAGAUAUUCAACAGCGUGCUCGGCGUGUCGCGCACGGCGGAGGAAAUGCGAGGUUCCUAUCGGUGGCGGCCAGUGCACUUACUGUGCGGCCCAAAACAUUGCCUGCUCGAGGGCCGGUACCAUAAUUCAGCCCAAGGCGGCUCCCAUCAGCCCCAUAUCUAUCACAACACCAAAGACGCCGACAGUCACCGAGAUCAUCCUUGCUAGCCCGCCAGGCAUCACUCCUUCAGCUGCUGUUGCAGACAAGGCGCUCUGCUUCGAGCUUGUGGAGUUGUACUUCAAGUAUAUCCACGAUCAACUUCACUCCCUCUUCCACAGGCCCAGCUUCAUGCUGGAUCUACACGAGGGAACCGCCCCUCUGGUACUUCUUUUUGCCAAUGAGGGAAAUCUACUACUCAACUUGCGCGACGUUUCACUUACCACGGCACAAGCAUGCGUGUUGCUGGGCGCAUACUCCAUCGUAGAGGGCGAAGCUGGAGCAGAAACCAUCUUCUAUUCGGCGGCUUGCAGGAUAGCCAACUAUCUCGAUCUACCCAACCUGCCAACCCCAGAUCCGCUCCAGAGAGAAAUCCACAUCAGAGUGUAUUGGUCUCUUUGUAUGAUCGACGUGUGGUCAUCCACUGGUGUCAAUCUACCACGCCUCAUGGACCGUCGAAUGGAUGUCCCGUUGCCUAUGAAUGAGUCAACUUUUCUCAACAUGACCCGGGCAAACAACAACCACUUUGACUUCAUUCUCUCACCAAAUCGUGAAGACUCACUGAUCGCGCAAAUGAUCAAGCUGAACAGCAUUCUGAUGAGGGUCAAUGACGCCAUCAAGAGUCUCACAUCUGACGUUGACGUGACCAACAUCGACGAGACUGUGUCUCAAUUGUCGCAAGAGCUCGAAGCUUGGGAGGUGGCCCUACCCCAUAAUCUCCGCGACACCCCAAGUAACCUUCAUGCCUUCGCCUCUCAAGGCCUUGGGCGGAUCUUCAUUGCCGUGCACACUGGCCACUAUCACUACAGUCAACUACUGUACUACCAGUACCUAGAUGAAGUUCAGCGCUUCCCUACUUCACCAACAGCGCAGAUGUUCGCGCGCAAAUGCAAGGAGAACGCUAUCUCCAUGUCACGUAUCAUCGAUCUCGCAAACACAACACCUGGCUGUGACGCCAAGUUCAACAUGCUCGGACACAUCAUUGUCAUCACAUCUUCAAUCUUUAUCCACACCCUGCUGUUCGAGACAGACGAAGCUGAGAUUGCAAAUGCCCGUGCUACGCUAGAGCGUCAUUUUAAUACCCUCGUCGCUUUGCGGGCGUACUGGCCAGCACUGGAGGUGUGCUUCGCACGGCUCAAGACGUUCCAUGAGCUAUGUCGCAAGAGCAUGAACACUAGCUAUCGCAUGGAUCGGUGGAUGUUACGAUUCUUGACUGAGUUUGCGCGACCAAUAGACGAGAAGGAGCGUGACGAGGAUGGCCACAUGGACUUAGAUCGCUGGAGUGUGGGUAACAUCGGAAUCAGUCCCGAGAACUGGGCAUAG